AUGGAAGAUUUGGAAGUUCGUUGGAAACAACUACGCUUCUCUUCAGAGGAGGAGGUAGUCCUCGAGAUUCCUGUUGAGGAAGAAGAGGAAGUACUACGUAAAGGCGAACGUAGUCUCAUUGGGAAAGUAUGCACUGAUCAUGUCAUUGGGAAAGAUUUUAUUUCAAAUACGAUGGCUAAAAUCUGGAGGAUGAGCAAAAGAUUUGUGUUCCAAGAGGUGGAGAAGAAUGUUUUCAUAGUAACUUUUGAAACGCAUGCAGAUAAGAACAUAAUUUUAAAAGGAAGGCCUUGGCCUUUUGAUAAUAUGUUGUUUCCCCUGCGUCAUUAUGAUGGCAGGCUGCAACCUACUCAGAUUAAGUUCGAAUCUGAGAUCUUCUGGUUACAAAUACAAAACCUACCUCUAGGGAAGAUGACAAAGGAAUGUGGAGAGCAGAUAGGUGCCUCUGUUGGCAAGGUUUUAGAGGUGGAUGCAAUGGAUGAUGGUGUAGGGUGGGGAAGAUUUCUUCGUGUGAAAAUUGAUAUGCCUCUUUCCAAACCUAUUGCUCGUGGGAGAUUUAUUCACUCGACAGAUGGGAAGCUAUGGGUGCCUUUUCAAUAUGAGAAACUUCCAAAGAUUUGUUUCAGGUGUGGAUGGCUGGUUCAUGAUGAUGUGGUUGUUCUAAAAGUGGACUAG